GUGAUAAAAAUGAUUUUUAGGAAAGAAGACUCUGGUCCAGGAACCAGACCGUUUAUUCUUUUAUUCUGGAAUUCUGGGGCAGUGCUCUUUCCCGUGAUCCAAUAUCAACUUUGCGAGGCCAACCGAAUGAUUCUCAUUUACUACACAACAGAAUCCAUUUGCAUAGGUCGACCGGACUGGGAAAGCCCUCCGCGAGUCUUCUCUGGCAUCACUACUCUCAAGACUGGACCCAGCCGAAAUCAUUGUGGUUUAUUCCAUCCACAACAAGAUCCGUCGCAGUCAAUAGGAGUUCGUUGUGGUUAUGGUUGGCCAUUCAUAUUUUUGCACCUGCUUCUUGCUGCAAAACACGGAGAUUGUGUGCAGGCGCUUCUUUUGCGUGAUGCAAGGGGACAGCAGGUGCAAGUAUUUGAUCAGCCUCGUUCUCAAGCACUGGUUCAAGGAGCAGUGGCAGGGUCUCGAAGGUUUCGAGACGAAAAUUGGUUCAAAGCUUCUAGUCGCCUACCCGCAUUACAUCGCCUCCACCAGGACCGAGGAUCACCCUGCCAGCGCUUGUACGAGGAUUGCGCACACCUUGUUCUCUACAGAAUCCUCGGCACUACAGCCAAGGAAGGAAGAGCGACUGAGGAUAAAGCGACACGCAGAUGCGAUGCAAACGCUCAACAACCUCUCAAUCUCGCUGAAACGGAGACGGGACUCAUAGAGCUACAGGACGCGUCUGACAACGAAGCAGGUCUUGGUGUCACCAAAGACCCACUUGUAGUGAAGCCGAAGGGGCGUCCAAGAGCCAAACGUAUCAAGAGCAGCAGUGAGAUGUCGCGACCAUCCAAAGAAUUCCAUCCUGCUGAAACAGACCUUGAACAAUAAGCGAGU